AUGGACAUGGAGUGGAUGCUCCUGUAUGUGCCGAAAGAAGGAAAUGAAAAGCGCGUGCGCUAUUUUCUGUCAAAGGAAGCCGAUAUGAACUUUCAAGGAAAGUUAAAGGAAGGUACACCGCUGUGUAAUGCUCUGUCCUCGGCACCCAACCCAUUGGGAUUCUCGAGGCGCAGAUCCAAACAUUGUCCUGCGUCCAAAGACCCGACUGGGCUGGAGACCGAUUCCAAGUACACCACUUCGGCUCGCGAUGCUCCGGGAGGAUAUUUGGCACCUGAACAAGGUCUUGCUGAAGUAUGGGCAGAUGCCACAAAAGCUAGUCCGGCAUUGUUCGAUGCUGUCAAGCUCGAGAAACCUGCAGAGUUUCGGCUUCUCAUGGCUCAUAAUGCUGAUACUCGAGUGAGGCUACAAGGCGAGUCCCUUGCCCAAUGUGUUUUGGAAAGCGAGUGUGAAAGUAUCAAAGAACUUGGUCUUGAGUGGGAUAUCAAAGCGAAGACACGGGAACUGGCUCGGCAUGUCGGUACUCGCUGCGGAAAUAGACGGUAUCGCAGGCCUAGAGGCCAACAUGCGGAUGAGACAGUUUCAGCACAGCGCAACGGAGUGCUCCAGUCUGCCACGAUAGAUCAAGAAUGA